UACCCACAAAGUUUAACAAUGUUGAUAACUUUGCACGAUAGACGCGUCUCUUUUACUUCACCAUUAUUUUGCGAUAUACUUAUUUAAAAUCUAUUUCGUACUUUGAAUAUGUGAAAAAUGACUGACACUAAAGAUGAAGAAUGUUCGGGAAAAUUAGUUAAACUUACACUUGUUGGUGAACCUUUGACUGGAAAGAGUAGUAUAUGUAACCGAUACUUGGGCGGCUGCGGCGUGUCGUUCGGCAGCACGCAGGGCGCGGAGGUCAGCGCGGCCCAGUGGGUAGGUGCGCGCCCUCCCACCCCUCUACAAAUAUGUGACGUGGCGGGCGCUGCACGGGUCACUAAUAUGCUGCCCAAUUACUUAUACGCUUCUGAUAUUGUAAUAUUCGUGUACGAUUUGACAAACUUACAAAGUUUCGAUAAACUGGAUGUUUGGAUGAAAACAAUAAAAGAUAUCUUCGAAUCUGAACCGAGGAAACCUCUGAUGGCUUUGUUUGGUAACAAGUCAGAUUUGGAGCACCAGAGGGCGGUGAGGUUAUCCUGCGUACAAAAGUUCUCAUCAGAACAUCUAUUGGAAAACUUUAAAGGAUCGGCGAGAACUGGGGAAAUGGUUAACACAGCAUUUUCAAAGUUGAUUUCACGAGUGCUGGGUGUCAAAAUGCCUAUCGAGAUAGUGGCUCACCGGAAAUCAACAGACACUCAAAUAUCGGAACAAUUGAAUAUACAACCCGUAGAAGACACCAAUAACACUUUAAUUAUGAACAGAAAAAUGUUAAGGAAAAUACAGAGAAAAGCUUCAUCGUCCGUUUGUUGCGUUCAAUAAUCUAAUUAAGCACAUUUUCCAAAUAAUUUGUGCCCGCUUUGAUUUUAUUUAUUUUUAUUAUACUUGCGAUAA